UCACCAUCAUACACUUGGAGAAGUUGAGUUACAGAGAGAGACUUGAAGAUGAUUCGGUCUUUGAUUGAGAGAAUAUUACAUAAGAGUCUGUCGCUCCUUGUGGGCAGAAGAUCUGCAACCCGCCAGUCGGAUGAGGAUGAAGAAGUGGCAGCGGGAAAUAAUAAGGCAGUGCCUGCCGAUGUAAUGGACGGCCAAUUUGCAGUUCUUGCAAUCGAAGGUAAAGAAGCGAAAAGGUUUAUCCUUGAACUAGACUACUUGGCUGACCCGGAAUUCUUGGAGCUGCUAGACCGGGCUCGGGAAGAGUACGGUUUUGGACAGCAAGGAGCUCUUUCAGUGCCUUGCCGCCCUCAAGAAUUAGAGAAGAUCCAGGAGAGUCGCAGCAGGAGAAACUCGCUGUCAACAUAGAGACAACUACUGCAAGUUUAUUGCAUUUCCAGUCGGCUCGGUCUCAGGGAACAUAUCUGGGAAUGAAACUGUUCAUCAAUAGUUUUGAACUGUCGUGCUAAAUAAUGCAGUUAACCAAAGUCAGUUUAGUAAAUAUGUAUAACAAUCUGUUUGGUCCCGACAUAAUUACAUAAAAUAUAUUAGUAAGUGCUGAACCUAGAUAUAUACCCACAUAAUACUCUUGUUUUCUCCUCUCUUCCUCACUCUGAUUCUCUCCCAAAUCUCAAUCUUCACACGGCAUAAGGGCUUCCUUUAACGACUAUAUGUUAGUCUACCAAAGGUUCUUUCAUCCUUUCUCAAUGAAGCUGGAGAAUAUAUAUAUAUAUAUAUAUAUAUAGCAAGAUAGAGGGAUGAGGGAAGUUUGAUGGGUAACUAAGUGGGAUGUGAAACCCUGUUUCAAAAAUUAAUUGUUGAGGUGGGAGAAUCAAUUCAUUUAAAUAGUUUAUUAAGCAUCUCAUAUUAUUCAACUUGGAAUAUGGUACCCAUACUACUAAGUCUCCAUUAGGGUUUCAUAAUUUCCAGCUAGGAGUGUGGCAUUGUAUAACUAUAGAGAUCAUAGCAGAAUGUGCAGAAUGGAUGAAAGAAAGCAAGAUCUGUCAGCCUCAGAAUAAUUUCUAUUUAAUUGUUAAUUAGUUGUAACUAAUUUUGUUAGACUUCACAUAGUAUAUUUAUUGUGUAUAUAUACUCUUGUAUUAUACUAUUUUUACAAUCAAUGAAGAAUACAUUUUUCA